UGUUUCGCUGUUUUUCGGAUGAUUCAAUAAACUGAUUAGAAGUAAACAACCGCUAUCUGUUAUGGUGUUUUACAAAUAUUUUAUUUAAUUAAUUUAAUUAAUGAAGUAAUUUAUUGUUUUUGACCAUUGAAACGCAUAAGCAUGACAUAUAUUAUUGCUUAAAAAAUUGGAUAAACAAUACUUGCUUGUCAACUGAAUGUUACAUAUAUAUAUUUAUAGACGUAGCCCCAAUUCAAUUGGCUACUGCAAGGCAUUGUUUUCGUAGCUGUUGUGCUGAUAAAUAGUACAAUAAGACGUGAAGAAGGUUCUGUGAAGACGUGUUAAUCACCACGCCUUAUUGCGGUUGCAAGCAAACUACAACAAAGACAACACCAAUAAGCAUCAUGCCAAUAUUAUAUAGUGUUAUAGCGCGCGACACAACGGUGCUGGCCAAGUUUGCCGAAUGCGUUGGCAACUUUGCUGAAGUCACCGAGCAGAUAAUGAGCCGAAUUGGGGUACAAAACCACAAGAUGACUUACACACACGGCGACUAUUUGAUACAUUAUACUUGCGAAAAUAGGCUGAUCUACAUGUGCAUCACCGACAACGAGUUUGAUCGCUCCCGAGCUUUUCUCUAUCUGGCUGAUAUUAAGCAAAAAUUUAUACAGACUUAUGGCCUGCAAGUGGCCACGGCAAUUGCGUAUGCCAUGAACACAGAGUUCUCCAAGGUACUGUCCCAGCAAAUGGUAUACUUCAGUCAAUCGCGCGAAGUGGAUACCAUAUCCCGUGUAAAUGGACAAAUUGAUGAACUCAAAGACAUUAUGAUUAAGAAUAUUGAUAGUCUGCGUGAUCGGGGCGAGAAGCUGGAGCUGCUGGUCAAUAAAACCGAGAACUUGAGCAAUAAUUCGGUUGCAUUCCGCAAGGCAUCGCGAAAUUUGGCGCGCCAAAUGUUUUGGAAGAACAUGCGGGUCUACUUUAUCGUUGGCCUAGUGAUUUUAUUCAUUAUUUAUGUAAUUGUGAGCAUGGCCUGUGGCGGUCUCACCUGGCAAACGUGCCUCCAUUAAAGUUUACAUUGUUAUUAGCUCAUGCCGAUGUUUAUUUGCAUAUUAUUACACAUUCUUACUAUCCAUAAUCUCUGUUAAAUGUAAUAAAGAUGAAUGUAUACAAGUAUAUUUCUACAUAA